UCCCUUAUCUCUAAUUUUAGAUAAAUUUGAUUGCCUGAACAAGCUCUUGAGUGAUAUAUCUGAACGACAAACUGAACUGGAACAGCUGGAGCUUCUAAAUGAGUUCCUAGAUGGCUUUAGAAAAGAAGUUCACCAUCCUGAAACCAAAAAAAUUAUCUAUCGAUUUGUACUUGAGUGGCGUGCGGAAUAUUAUGGCACUGACGCCAAGUAUUUCUUCAAGGAAAUUUUGGAAGCUUUAACUAAACAUGAUGAAGUUCUAAUGAAGGAAGUUGCAGGGGAAGUCGUAGCGAAUACUGUGUCUGGAUAUCCGGAUGCGUAUGUCACAUUUGAGUCUAAAAGUAACUUAGCGGAGAAGAUUGCGGGCUUUUUCAGUGAUUUCAUUAUCACUGGGGAGGAAUUAGAGAGGAAAUUCCAAGAAAUACUUAAAAUUUUAAUAGAAUUUCUCGAUAAAAAUCGAACACUACCUCUGGAAGAGGAUAAAGCUCUUGGGGAUAAAUUUCUCCUUAAUUCACUGUCGGCUCUCGAUGGUCUACUGUCGAGAUUUCAAGAGAAAGUCCGGUUGGAAGUAUGCCAGGAUCAAAUGAAUUUCCUUCUUGUUAAUAUUCCUCACUUUAUGGGCAUUAAACGCUAUGAAAGAGAACUUGGAGAACUUUCUGCUAAAUCUGUGAUACUACUUAUGAAGGCGCAGGGUCAGUUGAUGGAUUUCUUUAGCAGUAUUGAAGCUGGAACUUCGAACUUUUCUAAGCAUAAUUUGUCCUUGUAUUUGGAGGGGAUUUUCAGGACAGAUUGUGUAGAUAUUCUUGAGGGCAGAGAAAAUAAAUGCAGGAUUCUCAGGAUUUGUGCCAGAGUUUCAGAGGAACUUUAUGAUGAUUUUUGGGGAGAAGCUGAGAAGUCCUAUUUUGUGUUGAAUAUUGUGGUGCAAAUGACUGAGAUGAUUGAGAGAGAUCUGUCGGAAGUCAAUGAUUGGCUCGAAGAAGAAGUUCAUGAUCUUCGCAAGUGCAUAGAAAUAUGCUAUAAGUUGGCUAAAAAAGCCAAGAUUGACUAUCAUUUCACUCGACCAGUCAGCAAUAUCCUGCGUUUCUGCAUGAAGCAGGAACGAUGUGCCUUUGAGAGUUUCGAGGAGGAAGUAUUCUGUUUUGUUGAAGACGAAGGCUGCACUGCAAAAGUCAGGAGCUUGCAUAUUUUGGUUCUGUGUGAUGUCUAUUCGUCAGCAGAAGUCAUGCAAAGACUUCCAAACGUGAUCUCACUCAUUAGAGAAGAUUUUAAAUGUACAAAAAUAUGUGAUCUGACCUGCCAUGGAGAGUUCUGUUCGCAUCCGAAUAGCUGUUUGAAGGCCCUGGUAGAACUUAGCAAGACGACAUUCGAUCCUAAGCAUCAGUACGAAUUAUUCCUUAAAGAUUUACUUUUCGAAUGUCAGGCAACACCAUACGAUGGAUGGUUCAGGAAGCAAGUUAAAGGUCUACUGAAGAAACUUGUCUCAUCGCGGAGUGACAUAGCUGUCCAUUUAAUGGAGCACACUGAAAAAAUUCCAACAGAAGUGAUUCUGUUCACGCUGAAUUGUCAGAAAAAGUCUCCGGAGAGUCUAACGAAUCAUCCUGGACUUCGGAAACUCUUGUUAAAGGCUAUGCUAGCUUUUGAGGAAGACACUCGCAUCGCAGCAGCAAAAGUGUUUCAGGAAAUAUCGGGAUGCCUGGAAAAUUUGGAUGUGAUUUUGGAUUUGUUGAAAUUUGGAGUAGCCUUCCAGCAGAAAUCCACAGAGAAUAAGAUCAAUUGGAUUGGUUUACUGAAUCCGUUGAUGGGAAAGAAAAACUGCAACGAAGAAGAAAAGAUGAUCAUCAAGGGGUUUAUAGAGAGUUUCCGAGAGAUACUUUUUGACCAUUAUUAUUCAAGGGGGAGUUUUCCGCGGCAGAGAUAUGCAUUGAAAAUUCUCAAGGAUACUUGGAAUAUCUAUUGUAGUGAUUCCUGGGAAGUCAGGCACGUUGAUGCAGUUUUCAGUUGUUUUGAUUCACCUUAUGAAUACGUUAAGAAGCUUGUUGUUGAGUGUAUCAAAAAAUUCCCGAAGAAUAUCCUCGUUGAAUGGACUGAAAGGACCUUUGGGAGUUCGGAGAAGAUCAGAAUCAAGCUGCAGAACUUGAUGACCAGUGUUAAACCUGAAGAAUCCUUACAAGCGGCCUAUCAACUGGUCAUUUUUGCUCAUGUAUCACCUGAAAUCUUCCAUGAUCCAGCAGAUGGAGAAGCAACUUCAAACAGUGAAGAUAUACUAGGAGUGCUAGAAUGGUGCACGGAGAUCCUGAGGAAUGGAACAGAAGAUGCUAAGCAGUCAAUCUUAAAAGCAUCUGCCACAAAUCCUCUCUACGGAACUAUUCUCUGCAUACGCUAUCUUCUGGAUGAUAUUCCAAAAGGAACUUACAAGAAGAUCCCACAGUUUUCCAUCCAGGAAACUCCCAGAUGGAGGAGCUUUUUUGAGAAAGUUCUAACUCUCUGCAGUGAAGCUUCUCAAAUUGUUGCACCAAUUGUUAACAACUCCUCUCCGGAAGGUUUUCUCCCGGAAGAUAGCACGAUGUUUGAAGGCAAUGAAGAUCAAGUGACUCCGCAGAUGGUUUUACUCUGUGGCUGGCGUACAAUCAAGGAGGUAUCACUUCUUCUGGGAGAGAUUUGUGAGAAAACACCUCAGCUUUCGAAUUUGAUAUCCGAAGAAGAAAUUCUGCAGAUUGGUGAGAAUUUUACGAAGAUUCUCCUGGAAUCAAAACAUAGAGGAGCCUUUGAAGUAUCUUCAGUAGCAUUUUCCAAGCUAUGUACCCGAUUGCAUUUGAGCCAAUGUCCCACAAUUCACAAACUCCCAAAGGCAUGGCUUGAUGAACUUCUGGUUGCUGUUUUGUGUCCAGAUGAGAGAAAAUGCUCAAAAUAUGUGAAACUCUGCGUAACACGUCGAAGUGCUGGACUUCCAUUCAUAAUCCAAUCAAUCAUUACGUCCUAUGAUCCUUCGCUCCUAAAUUACGCAAUAAUGAGGCUCCUUAAAGAAUCCCAGAAGAAUACUGAUGGAAGAAUUCACUGCUUAAAUAUCCUCAGGUACAUUUUUAGAUGUUCUUCCUUGAAGACAUUCAAGUACGCAGGAGAUGGUCUUUUGAUCGCAAUUGAGAGCUUUGGAUCAUCCUCCUGGGCAGAAAGAAAUUCAGCUACGCUCCUCUUCUCAGCUUUGAUUGUACGCAUUUUUGGUGUAUGCCGUGCUAAGGGAGCAGCUGAAGAGAUUCCCUUUGAAAAUACCUGGAUUUUCAAUGAAUUCUUCCGAGACUAUCCGCUCCUUUACGAUUUUAUCUACCGACAAUUAAAGGAAGCCAAUGACCAACUUUCCCAGGGGCAAAAUGCUCCUCAACUGUAUCCUAUAUUUUUGGUUUUGGAACGUCUACCUUCCCUAAAUGGACACUGGGCACCUCAGUUAGAUCCAAAGGAAUAUAUAGAGGAAAGUGAAAGGAUCCCUGCAAAGUGUCAUGAUUUACGAAUCAGAAUUUUAGCUGUUAAGGCGAUAAUUACUAUUACUCAUCCUAAUGAGUAUUUAAAUCGUCUUCAGUGGCUCCUAAAUACUGAGACUUCAUCGAAUUCCAAUGAACUUCAUUCUAGAAUUCUGCAAAUCAAAGAAAUUUUCCGGAGAUUUGCCAAAAGGGAUUUAUCUGUGAUCAAUAGAAAUUUGGAUGCAUUGGUACAAUUGCACAUGAUUCAUUCUAAUGAAUGUCUAAUCAUUGGGAAAUUAUUUAUGGAAAUCUUGAUAAAGUACCUGCCUAAAGCAAAUUCUGCCAUAUUAAGUGAUGUCCUUACGGAGAAAGCACAAGAAUAUUUGAAAAAUUAUCUUAAUAACUUGGAGAAAAUUCUAUCAGAUAGGGAAACGCCUAUCGGAAGAACUGCUGUGCAGACUUCGAAACUUCUUCUUCAGCUCACACUUGCAAAAGACUGUCAAGAAGCAGGAAACAUCCUAAUAAAAUGCUUGAAGGGCAUGAAACAACAGAAAGUUGGUAUUCAGGAUGCAACGUUCAUAUCAGUAUUCAAUGUGAUUCUGUUGGUGAACGGAACGGAAAAGCAUAAGAUUCCUGAGGAAAUUCUUUCUGAAAUAUCAGAUAUUGAGAAAGAUUUUGUUUUGUCGUUCAAUGAGGAGCAAAAACAAAUCAUGAAGCAUAAGAUUGCAUCAUCAGGAAGACAUGUAAUUGAACAGCACAUAUUAAGUGCAAAUCCUCUUGUUAGAAAUAGAGCUCUUCUCUCUAUGCCGAUUCUUGAAGAGAACAUAGAGGUGUUCACAAUGGAGGAUCUUAACAAAGCUCUUACUGAUGAUCAAAUUUCCGAGGAAGACAAAAUCUUAGCCAUUCAAAAAGCUUUAUCUGUGAUAUCAUCCUUUGAAAAUAUCUCCAAUCUUAAUAUUGAGGCACUUCUGGAAUUCUGUGGGAGUGAAAAGAAUGAUUUCACAAGGAUGAAUGUAGCACUUCUUGUCUCUGAACUUUUGAAAAUCUGCAGUAAAAAUUGCAAAUACGUCCGUGAAUUCAACAUCAUGAUCACAAGAGUUAUUAUGCAACUCCUUAGAGAUGACGAUGCAGAUGUCAGAAAAGUUAUUUGCAGAGCUAUUUGGCUAUAUAACAAAAGCAUCAGAAUGGAAAGUUCAAAGGAGUUUGUAGAUGUGUCUGAUGAAGUGAAUAUUCCCUGCGAUUCUUAUGCCUUAAACAUCUACAUGAAGACAGUGCUGGAAUUUAUUAUUCCAAAAGAUGAGUCCAAGGCAUUCCUAAAAACACUUCUUGACCUAGAGGAGAGUGAUGCUGCUUGCGAAAAUUAUGAAUCUACUGAGAAUGAAUGGAAAGUGUUUGAUACGCGGGAAGCGAAUUUAUUUUCUGACAGAGGAUUUACUAUCAAGACCAUAAAGUGGUUCUCGGAAAAUUUAAACAAACAUGACUAAUAAAAUUGUACGAUUAGCUUUUUAAUAAAAUGAAUUUGUAUGUAUUUAAAA